AUGUUUGGAAAAAAUAUUUAUUAGGAUGAAGUUCCAAAUUUUCCUGAAGUUUCUGAAGAUUAUUUUGAUAUUAAGGACUAAAAAACUAUAAAAGAGUUAAUGGAUUUGUAUAAUUAAUCUAAACAACUUUUACCAGUUAAUGGCUAAGUCUCAAAUCAAUUUAGAGAAAAAUAAUUAGGAUUACUAAAUUUAUUUGAUAAACUAGAUUCUUAAUUGAAAUCUAAUCAAUGCAAACCAGAUAUUUAUGAACCAAUUUAAUUUGAUUCUAGUAUAAAUACUCCAUUUCAUAAUUUUGACUAUUAUAACCUGUCUGAUAUUAAUUAUGAUCAAACUGAAGCCUAGAUAGAAGCAGCAAAAUUUUUAAGCAUGAAAUAAAAUGAUUUAUAAGAAAAAUUUGAGUAAAUGUAGAUAGAAGCUAAAUAAAGUGGUAAAUAAAAUUAACCUGGAAAGUUAACUAAAAAAAUGGAACUUCUAUCUUUUUAAGACUAAGAGUUUGAAGAAUGAUUUUUCAUAUAUAUUUCUUUUGUUUAUCUUGUCAAAAUUUUUUUUAAUAAUUUAUGGAAAGUGUCAUAGCUUUAGUUAAAUAAUUCACUAAUCAUUUAGCUUAAUAAAUUUAACUAUCCAAAGAGAUAAAUCUACCAUUUAGCUGAGAUUUAGGACGGAAUUUUAUUUGCAUAAUUGGAAGAUCAUUAGUAUUUUAUAUCCUCUAAUUUAUUAUAGCUUUCAAACUUAUUUGAAAAAAUUACUAUGAAACUAAAUUAUUAAUUCUUUGUAAAGAAUAAGAAGAAAUCAUAACCUUUAAAUUAAAGAAUUUACUUAUGAAAUCUCUAUUUGUGAACGGAAUGAAGAAUUUAUUAAAUUUAUCAAAUUUUUUUGAAACGCUGAUUCAUGUAUAAAAGAUGAAGCAAUUUAUUUUAUGA